AUGAAUUAAGAAUCAAUGUCUAUUUCAUCUUCAGGAUCAGAUGAGACCAGAGGUUAUUUAAAUUUGGCAAAUAACAUAGAAAGGAAUUAUUCUUUCGAUCAAAGAGUAGUAUUGAAAUUAGUUUCUGAAAAUCCUGAUAUUUUUGUUAUAGCCCAAGAGGUACCAUAUGAUAUAUCAUAAAAAAUGAAUUAAACUUAUUUAAAUGAAAAUCAACCAAUAAUAGGUGCUGGGAGCUUUGGAACUGUUUUCAUAUGCUGGCAUAUGAUUUCAAAAUAUUUAUGUGCUGUAAAAGUGCAUUAAAGAUGCUAAACUGAGGAGAUUCUACAGCAAGUGAAUGAAUACAAGAUUUAGACAUUAUUGAACAAGAAAUUUCCUAAUAGCUCUUUAGCACUAUCUGAUAGAGUAUAUAUAAUAUAAGAAUGCGUAAAUUAUUUUACUACUUAUGCAGGAAUGGAACUUGCAUCUGCAACAUUAUCAGAAUAUGUUUCCAAUGCUGAUAUUGAAUAUAAUGAAUUUCUAAGCAUUUAUCAUUCAAUCUUAUAAUAAAUAUUGGAAAUGCAUUCCUUAAGAAUAGCUCAUCGAGAUAUUAAAUUAUCAAACAUAAUGUAUACUGAUUAAAAGGGGUGGGUGAUUGCUGACUUCGGUUGUGCAAUAUUUUAUAAAAAAUAAAAAGAAAAGCAAUUAAUUUAAGGUACUAAGUAGUACUUGCCACCAAAUUUAAGAGGUUUAUUAAAAAAUAAUUUUUCAUAAAUUGAGUGCGAACAAAAUCUUUUCGAUAAUGAUAUAUACGCCUUCUUGCUCUCAAUGUUAUAGAUAUACAAAAAGGGGUUAUCAAUUUUACAGUUAUAGUAAAUGUUGGAUAAUGAGAGCCUUUUAACAAAAUUACCUUUUGAAUUUCAAAUUCAUGGUAAGAGUUACAAUUACAUUAAAUUAAAUGUACUUAUUGGAUUGAAUAAAGUUCCAUUAUAAUAAUAGUUUUAAUAACAAUAAUCAGAACGAUUAAAACGUCAAUAUGAGGAUAACCGUGCAAAUCCGGACUAUAUUAUUGAAUUAAUUAUCAAACAAUAGAAGAUACUUAGGUUUUCUGACGCUGAAAUUUGGUAAAGGUAUCAAUUGAAUACAUAUGAGAAUGUACCUAGUUUAGCUUAAUUGUAUAAAACAAAGUCAAUGGAAAAGGUCAAUCAAAUUUUACAAAAAUAUGAUGUUUUGUAAUAAGUUGAAUUUCGGUAGGUAGAAGAUAAAUAAUUACUCGAGAUUAACUCCAACACCAAACAAUGGUAAUAUAAUUUGAUUUAGAUGUAUUACAUUCGAUUAGGGAAUGUUCAAUAAUUAUAUAAUGCUAGUUUAGAAAUACAAAAGUACUCUUAAGAUUAUUAGAUAAGUUAUAGGUUAUCUGAAAUUGAUUGUUUAAUUGAAUUAAAUCAAUUAGAAGAGGCUCGUCAAAUUGUAACAGAAUUAACUGAUGAGUAAUAUAUGGUGGAUGACAUAUCAUAUUUGAGAUUAGAAUUGUAUAGAAGCUACUUAGAUAAAAGUUGGCUUGAAACGGUAAGUGAAAUUUCAAAAAUCUUAGACAAAGCUUUCCAGCAUUAAAUUACCUUACUUCUUCUAAGAAUUUCUUAUAAUUUUACUUGGAUCUUUUUGCAAUAUAAUUAUACUCUAGAUAAUAACCACAUUUAAUCUAAAGAGUUCCUGAGUUUAGAAUUAGAGUUUUAAAAAAGACUAUUUCAUUUCGGGAUUAGCUCAGCUAAUCCUAAAGAAAUUAUAAAAUAAUUAGAGGAAAGAGGAGCAGAUAAAUAUGGGAUCAGACAAAUAUUAAUAAAUUUAAUUCAAACCAUUAAUUAUUCUCUAACAUCUGAAGAUAAGAUCUAAGUAGAGGAGUUUUUUGAAACAACCAUCGAAUAUUAUAAAUAAAGGAAUCUUUUUUAAGAUUGGGAGAUUUAUUAUCAUUAUUCGAUUUACUGCCUAAAGUAAUAGAAAUUUCAAAAGGCUUUAUCUUUAAUCAACAAAGCUAUGCAAUCUGUUGAUUAAGAGAAUGGUCUUUAUCUUCUAUAAGUAUUAUUUCAAUAGUUGAGUUGCGAAAUAUACCUUGUUCAAAGCACAAAGUAUUAAAGCACCAUUUAGCAUAUCUUAAAAGUGGUAAAUAAAAUACAAUCCUCGUAAUGUAGAAUAUAUAUGAUAAAGAGAGUUGUAAAAAUGCUAUAUUUGAUAUUUAUGAAGGGACAAUAUACACCUCAGAUCUAUUUUAUCAUCCAAUAGUAUUUACAAUCUGAAACAAAUACUGAAAUUUUAUUUAUUUUGAACAAAUUAGAAUGGGAGACAAUUUUAACUUACCGUCAUCCCUAAAGUCUUAUCAAUUUAUUAAAUUGCAAAAUGUUAAGCUUAUGUGAAAAUACUGAUAAAAAUGAUGUAGAUACUUUAAAAUGCUUUUAAAAUAUAGCCUUCGUUUUAAGGCAGCAGGUUAAAGUGGAUCAGAGUGUUGAGAUUCAAACAAUAGCAAUUAACUAAUCAUCAAAGUUGAUACAAAAUAUGAUUAUAUUUGAAGACUUAUUUGACUUCAAUUAAACAGAAACAUUAAACAUAGAAAAUGAGAUUGCUAGAUUAGCCUUGUUAAAUAAAUAGCUUCAAUAAAAGUAAAAAACAAAAGAAGCAUUAAAAAUGAUGUCAUCGUAUACCUUUAACAAUUAUAAAAGCUUUGCAUGA